AUGUCAAGCCCGAUCCGAUCGGUUCCAGACGUGGGAAACACCGUUCAUGAGGAAAGGCACCGUUCUGCGCAGGACGAAGACGAGGACGAAGACGCAACCGAGCGCCAGCGGAGGAGCCGAAGAAUACAAAACUGCAAUCAGCACCGCCAGCAGAACGUGAGAGUGAGCCCCAAGACCUCCCGCAACAGCCCGCAACGACAGGAGAAACAAGCUGCGAACCAGCAGCGAGCCGCAAGAGGAGGACAGGCGCGGUCAUCACAGAGGCCAGCAGUGAAGCAAUACCAUCAUUGCAAAGAGAAGGACAAAGGCCAAUCUACGCCUUCACCUGCGGAACUAGGGACCCUAAAGAGCACUAAACGGCGACGUUGUAUGGAAACCAGAGACGGAGACGAAUCAAACCACGACAAAAAGCGUCCGAGACACGGGCCAGUGCAAUACACUACGACGAGAACCGGACCUGACAAGGAAGACUUCAUUGAGAAUUGGUUGGACAAAUCCUGCUGGUCUCGCAGAACCUCGACAGAAAACGAGCUACAACUUCUUGAGGCAUUGGUCAAUAUGCCCGCCCAUAAAGCUGCCUCUGUCCUUCCGUCUCCAGAUAAUAGUUUGGAAAGCACAGUAUCCACGUCCAAAAAGUCUGAGAAAUCCGCUGCAAGUGUUACUGACACAGAUUACCGGCAGUGCUUGGGUUACCGAAAUAUUUAUAUCAAUCGCAAUGAUCCUCCGGCACAGCUAAUGCAGCGAGCAAAAAGAAUAAUAUCCCGUUCACGAUCAUCUCCGGAAAUAGACGACGCUGCCGCUCAAGGGUUGAUAGCGACAUCGCGAAGAGUACAGAACGAGAGUAAAGAUAUUAUCAUCCAGCAAUUAGCGCCAGGUAUUAUUCCUGCUAUAAAUAAGAUUCCCGAUUCAAGAUUAGCAUCGAACACCAAACAGCUGUGGUUCAAUUCCGUCCCUGUCCCGCUCGACGUCUCUAUCCUAACUAACCCACUCCCUUUGCCUAAACCGAAGCCCGAUUUAGCAUUUGGAUAUUCCGAAACAGCCUUCACCCGCGACCAACUCGGGACUAUUGAUCUUCUCAUCGACGACCAGUUUGGCCGAAGCUAUACUACCCCCGAUCAGAAGAUCCGAUUUCCCUUUCUAGAGAUCGAGUUCAAAUCACAAGCUGAAAAUGGGACUCAUUAUGUCGCAACAAACCAAACCGCCAGUGCUGGAGCUAUCACCUUAAACGGCCAUAUAGAUCUGACACAGCGCAGCUUCAGAAUGGGAAAAUUCGAUUAUAAUGAACCACAAUAUUUCUCCCUCACCAUGGACCAUCAACUUGCCUGUGUGAACGUGCAUUGGCUCAGAGCGCCGGCUAAAGGAGAAGAAGGAGGACAACACAGCUUUCAUGUUGAAGGAUUGUCACAACAUCUCUUAGGCGACGUGAAUGGGAUACGAGCGGUUUCUCGAGCGAUUAAGAACAUCCUCGACCACGGUGCUGAUGCCCGGCUACGAACACUUUGUGAGGCAUUGGAUGCCUAUCGGAAGACGGUGGUCCGCAACAGGGAAGCGGCAAAUGCCCAGAAGCAGGAACUGGAGGUUCUACCCAAACCUCAAUCUGUACGUCUGAAAAGGGGGACGAUCCUACCACCCGAUCCUCGAGAGCGGCGACCACGACGCGCACAAACAACCAGGCGUAGGGGAGUGCGAGAUCGGGUCGAUGUUCCCGUUACUGCCUCAGCCAUCCAGUUGAACGAUGAUUCUGCGACGUCCCGGCAAGCAGCAUCAGACCUACACAAUGUGCAGUCUGAUGCGUACUCACGCCACUCACUUGAAGAUGGCAAAAGGAGGAGACUAAUUAUGCCUACACAGAAGGCGCUGGAUAACACUUUCGCUGAUGCAGGUCGAGAUCGGAAACAAUGA